GCAACCUAGAUUCAGUAAAAAAAAAGUAAAAAUGAGAUGCUCGCGGAAGACACAAAAAACCUGGUUUGGUGACCUAAGAAAAAGCAUCUGAUUACAUAUUUACAUUAAAUAAUUUCUAGCGCGUAUACCAAUACCCGCAUACAUACUUUUAUUUGAGUUCACCCAAAAUCAAAAACCGUCCAAAAUAUUUCAUUUAAAACAGACCCACAAAAACUCCCAUAAUUUAUUUAUUUUUUCUUUUCUUUUACAAAGUCUAUAAUUGUUACCUUUUCUUUGUCAUUAUUCUUCAUAAUCCAGAAUCGAAUAAAAUAAUAAUACAGUUGAGAUAUUCAAUUUUUGAUGCAACAAUUAGAUACAUAAAUCUAUGAAUGAAAUUGGGUAUUUUUUGAAGAAUUGAAAAUGGUGAUGAUUUCAGUGUGGUUGAUUGUUGGGUUCAUAGUUGGUGCUUUAACUGUAAUUGCGGUUGAAGGUUUUGUGAUUUUGUAUGUGAUCCGUCGAUUAUCACACUCAACUAAAUCACCCAAACUUGGUGUUCAUACUUCUCCUCCAAAUCCUCUUGAUUCUAGCCAAUCUCUUCCUUCUGUAUGUCAGAAACAGGGAGUGGUUUGGGUUUUAGAACCAGAACGCCAUCCUAAAUUUCCUGUUCCAACUGAGCAAACUAGGAAGCGGGAAAUUUUAGAGGUUUCCCCUGUCCGGAAACUUGCAAAAGUCAAAGAUCGUAUGCUUAUUCUGGCAGAAGCAGAUGGUUCGCUCACAAAAGUAACGCUGAUGGGUUGUAAAGUAGUUGCAGUUUCUGCUACAAGCCUGCCUACAAGAAAAUGGGCAAAACGUUUCCCAAUCAAAAUAGAAAGCAAGAACAGAGUUUUGUAUGAAGGAAGCAAGGUGCUAUAUAUAUAUGCAGAAACUUCCUGUGAGAAAGAAUCUUGGUGUAAAGCUCUUCGCAUAGCUUCGUUGGAUGAUAAAGAAAAACUACUCUGGUUCCCUAAGAUAAAUGAAGAUUUUCGAGGCUAUUUGAAAUCUUUAAGCGAAGGAUAUCCAUUUCUUAUCAAACCCUUAGUGGGUUAUCAAGGGUGGCCCUUGGAUAAAGCUAACCGGCUUGAUGAUCCACCAUCAAAGGUUCGUCAGAUUUGGAGAAAGCUUUCGAGAAAGACUUCUUUGGUCACUCUUGAUGAGAAAAGGGUUGCUGAUAAAUCUCAUGGCUUUCAAGAUCCUUAUUCUGCUCCAAGUAUUGCAAAGGCGGCUAAUCUGGGAAAGAUGCAAAAUGAAUUUGAGGAACAUAGCCCUUCUGUUUCUUCCACUGCGUCUACUCGGUCGGGGAAUUCAGUUCUUGGGUCUGAGAAUUCUGAUGUAGACACUGCGGAGAAGUUUAUUGUUGAUGAGGGCACACUUUGCUGGAAUUUAUUGGUCUCUCGACUGUUUUUUGACGCCAAGAGUAAUGUAGAUAUCAAAGCUGGUUUAAAGGCUCGGAUUCAGAGAUCGCUCUCAAACAUGAGAUUGCCCUAUUAUAUUGGUGAAGUGACAUGCACUGAUGUGGAUCCAGGAAAUUUGCCCCCUUAUAUCCACGGGAUGAGAGCUAUUCCUUCUGACAUGAAUGACAUUUGGGCCAUGGAAAUGGACAUAGAGUAUUCUGGUGGAGUAGUUUUAUAUAUUGAAGCCCGACUUGAAGUGCCUGAACUAGAUUCUCAUAGUGGAUUGGCAGACCACAAUACUGAGUCAAGCUCUGUUGGGGAGGCAGCGACUGAUAUUUUGGAUGAUUUGAAGCCCUUGCAAGAAGAAGAAGAUAUGAAGCUUUAUGAUGGGAAUAAGGAUUCUUCAGAACAAAAGGACGCAGAAGAUCUCAAACAUGAGUUGCUGAGAAGUUCCAGGACAGGUGUAUCUACUGCCAGUACUGGUUCUAGGUGGAAGUCUAUUUUGAAUUCUGUUGCCAAACAUGUGUCUCAGGUACCUCUUACUUUGGCAAUAAGGGUGGUAACACUGAAAGGGACAAUCCAAUUGCAUAUGAAGCCACCGCCUUCUGAUCAGCUCUGGUUUGGCUUUACCUGCAUGCCUGAUAUACAAUUUCAAUUGGAGUCCUCUGUCAAGGAUCACAAAGUUACCAAUGGACGUGUAGCUUCAUUUCUAAUAAACCGAUUUAAGGCAUCUAUCCGGGAUACAUUAGUUCUUCCAAAUUGUGAAAGUGUAUGUAUUCCGUGGAUGUUAGCAGAGAAAGAUGAUUGGAUUCCAUGUCAUGCUGCUCCAUUGAUGUGGCUGAAUCGAGAAGCGCAAUCAGAAACUAAUUCAAAUGAAGGAUCUAGAAACAAAAGAACAGAGGGUAGGGAUCUAGAGAGCAACCUAGGGAAGCAGAAGAAAACUGAUCCUCUAAAGCGGUCUAUUGAUGCAGAAAAUGGUCAAGGUGUCCCUUCCACAGCUUUCCGUAGAAGUUCUUCUGAUAGCAGCAUGCCUUCAUCGGACUUGAAAGUGCCAUUGCUACAGAAUGAAGAGUCAAGAGAUAUGGUUAUCCAUAGAAAACAAGAGAAUACCGAGUGUCCUUCACCUUCUAGGUAUGUUAGUUUAAGAGAAGAAAGAAACAGUCUUGAAGAUGAUGAUACAAAGUCUAAGAGGCCGGUGGGAAAAAAAGCUAGGAUGUUUGACUUGGGAAAAAAAAUGGGGGAGAAAUUUGAAGAAAAGAGGCGCCAUAUUGAAGAAAAGAGUCGGCAUAUUGUUGAAAAGAUGCGAGGGCCAGGAAGUUAACAGAAGUUUAUUAUUUUUUCUUACAGAGCAGUGCAUUCUUCUACAAUUCAAUACGUAUUACAUUGUUUUCUUCCAAGAGGAAAGAAAUGCGGAGAGAAGGCAGUGUGACUGCGAUUUACAGUCUGUGAUAAGUGUGUAGUCUUGUUCUGGUGUACAAAUGUGUGAAUGAGUAACAAUUGGAGAGCAGAAACUAGCAAAGUGAUUUUAAAAAACUAACUCAAGUGUGUAGGAACCAAGGAGAGUUUACCAGACACGCUUCAUGCUGGAUUGUUGCUUCGUAAGUCCUUGUAUACUAGGGCUAUUCUAGGGAGUCUGUUCGUUGAUUUGUUGUAUACUAUUCUUUACCAUAAAGGUGUAGCAUAAGGUUGAAUUACACUGCUGAUAAAUUUACAUUCAUCAAUGAAUUUCUUUUUGCAACUAUCAUUUAUUCCAGGUAAGGUGUAAAGCUGAGACUGGAUGCAAGUAAUUUUGUGUGAAAUAUUGGUAAAAGUUCUUAGCAAUUAAUCACUUUUUGACUUUGAAUAUGGUUCAAGCUUUGAGUUUGACUGCUCUUUGUUCUAUCAAAAUACUCCAUUUGUCUUAUAGUAUAGUACCAGUACAUAUUUACG